CUUUCCUUGUCGCCUCCACACUCAUUGAGAACAGGAGGCCGCGAUGUCCCUUUUCGCGUCAGACAACAACUCCAGCAUGUGGUCCACGGCCGGCUCGCUCUUCAACAUCUCUAGCCCUCUGUCGGACUUGUUGGAAAAAGGCGACUUCACGUUAGAGCAAGUGCUUGAAGAAGACGAGCUGAUUCAAGAAGUCAAGUCGAGAAACAUCAAGCUCUUGCAAUUCUUGUCGAAGGAAGAAACGGUGCGCAAACUCGUGCACUACGUCACGCGCAAGUCGGAGGAAGACGACGGGGACAUGAUUUCGAUCAAGUAUCCGUUCAUGUCGAGUGAAGUGCUGUGCUGCGAUAUUAUGUGCAUCACGGAAACGUUGGCCACUGCCUCAUGCGGCGCGAUCAUCGAAGAUCUGUUUCAGUUGCUCCGUCAACCUGCGCCAUUGGAUCCGCGUAUUGCGGGUUACUUUGAGAAGGUUUUGUCGGUCCUGAUGGUCCGCAAGUCGUACGAAGUCACGGAAGUCCUGAACAAGAAUGCGGAUACGUUGCUCGAUGGCUUCAUGAAGCACUCUGUGUCGUACUCGAUCGCCGAAUUGUUUAAGCGUAUCAUGCAGCCAAACCAGGGCGACUUCAUGGACGACAUGGACUUCUCGCAUCCAUACAACUCCAACGGGCCAUGGUUUUCCGGCGACGACGACGACAUGAGCGCCGUGGGCACACCGCAGUCCAAGGGGGUUCUGUCGUGGCAAACUGACCGUCGUGUCGUGGACAAAUUGAUUGAGAACCUGCGUCCGACCAAUGACGCGAACGAGCCCAUCGACAGCGACGUGCACAAGCACUGUGCCGAAAUCCUGAGUGACAUCAUCCAUUAUGGCACACGGGUGUCGGCCAAUGAACCCGCCCCCGCCUCGGCUACGCUCGUGGAAUACAUCGAAUCGGCGGACACAGUCGAAAAAAUCAUCAAUUUGGCUCUACCCAUCGACAACUCGUACUCGACAUCGAUGACGUCGGCGUUGACCGUGCUGAGCGCGCUGUUGUCUCGCCAUGCCAAUACCCACUACUCCUCGACGACACCGGAAGAAACCCCCGUGGUCGUGACUGCCACGAUCGCUCGAUUGCCCCAGAUAUCCCAAGCUUUGCGGGCUGAUGCUGGCACGACGGUGAACCAACGACAUCAAACUGUGCCCAAGCUUGGUCUUCGCCGACUCAAGCUCGUCGGUUUGCUAGUCGUGUUAAUCCAAGCCAAGUACCGCGCGAUCGACGCUGUCGUUCUGUCCGAGAACAUCAUUUCGCAGUGCCUCGACUUGUUUUUCCAGUUUGAGUCGGUCAACAUGCUCCACGCCGAGAUUGAAUCGCUUGUGAUCGGGGUGUUGGAAAGUGGUGGCCCAGACCUCCAAGUCGGUUUGUUGCAGCAAUCAAACUUGCUCGAACGCAUUCUCGACGCCUAUGCAACCAACGAUGCGGCGGUGCACGAAUCUCUUGGCAAUGCCAAGGGCUACAUGGGUCACUUGCUGCGCAUCUGCAACAUGAUUGUCAACAUCACAGACGAAGUCAAGGGUGUCGACAGCCGUGGAUCGUUAAAUGACAUGACACAUGCCGACAGCAUCGUCGAGUACCUCGAAGCGGAUCCAUCGUGGCCCAAGUGGGAAGAGUUUGUCAAAACGACUAUCGCCGCUGCGAAUGAAAAGGACCGACAUGCGUUGGGCGGAUCGGUUGUGUCGCACCCUGUGGACGACCCGUACGGCAUCGGCCGCUUUGAUCACCCGCCGAUUGGAUCGUUUGCAGAUAUGCUCGAAAGCGGCGACCACAGCCACUUCGACACAGACUUCGACCUGCCCAAUGACAAUGAUAUGCCUGCCAUGAUCAGCGACAGCAGUAGCAGCGAUGAAGAAGAAGACUUUACUGAAUUCGACCCGCGAUCGAUCCACCUCAGCAACCACCGACACGACGUGAUCCCGGUCCUUCCAUUGGACUCAUCCGACUUGGUCAUGGAAGAAGCAGACAAAUCCAUGGACACGUCGUGGGCGAACUUUGACCAACCCGACGUCGCUGCUCCGCCUCAAGUGGAAAGCUUUGCCAACUUUGACGACGUGCCGCCACCCGCACCGGCGGCCACCACAACGACGACCCCCGACGCUUAGGACAUAUGCAUGUGGUAGAUUCAUUUUACGGAAGGAUAGAAUAUGAAAAGAACGCCCAAUAUGUAUACAUUUUGCAAUCAACUCUGGUCCCAUCGACUUCGUUUCGCCGGUGGCAGGGCAGCAAGCUCGUGAUCGUCUUCGUCAACUUGGUCCCAU